UGUAUGUUCAUGCUAAUAUUGUGGUCCUCAGACUCAUCCAGCACUAAUUCAGAUACUAGUCAAUUUAUUACUGCACUGCGUACAUUAAGCAGCAACAUAUUGCAAUACUUUAUGUUGGUGUCACAGAUUUAAAUAAAAUCAAAUACUGAUGGAGAAAACAAGAAAGGAAAGAGUCAAUAUGUUUCGGCUGACUAACCUUUGGGAAUGUGCAGCAUAUAAACGAAGUAUUCUGGCCUGAAGAAGUCAGCAUGGUGUAUUGGUUUAGAUGCUGAACUAAGAGCAGGAAAACCUGAGUUCUAUUCCUCCCUUCGACAUGGAAGCUCAUUGUGCACUCCAUCUGCAACAAGCCAGCUGGAAAACAAAAACCCUCAUUGCAUCAUGCAUUGAUAGCUUUGCUGUGAGAACGAGGUCACUCUGCCAGAAUGCCAGAAGAAAAUUCCCCAAGGUCCUCUCCUCAGAAAAUCCCAUAUCAGGAGCUUCCUCACUUGGUCAAUGCUGAUGGGCAAUAUCUUUUCUGCAGGUACUGGAAGCCAGCUGCUGCUCCAAGAGGCCUGGUGUUCGUUGUUCAUGGUGCUGGAGAACACUGCUGUCGCUAUGAUGACUUGGCCAAGAUGCUGACAGGAAUCAACUUUUUUGUGUUUGCCCAUGACCAUGUUGGCCAUGGGCAAAGUGAAGGAGACCGUAUGGUUGUGUCAGACUUUCACGUGUUUGUCAGAGACAGCUUGCAGCACAUAGAUCUCAUGAAGAAGGAUCAUCCUGGCAUUCCUGUGUUUCUUCUGGGGCACUCCAUGGGAGGAGCCAUUGCCAUCCUCACCGCGUGCGAAAGACCAAAUGACUUUUCAGGCAUGGUAUUAAUUUCUCCUUUAGUAGUUGCAAGUCCUGAUGUAGCAACACCGAUCAAGGUAUUUGCAGCUAAAAUACUUAACCUUGUUCUGCCAAACUUGUCUCUGGGAUCUAUUGAUCCAAAUGUCAUUUCCCGGAAUAAGAAAGAGGUUGAAAUUUACCGUUCAGACCCCCUGGUUUAUCAUGGUGGCAUGAAAGUCUCCUUUGUCAUUCAGCUACUGAAUGCUAUUGCCAAAAUUGAACGCUCUCUCCCUAAACUGUUUCUCCCCGUCUUGGUGCUCCAUGGUUCACCGGACAAACUCUGCGACAUCAGAGGGUCUUAUUUGUUGAUGGAUACGGCCCCAAGUCAGGAUAAAACAUUCAAGGUAUAUGACGAAGCCUUCCAUGCUCUCCACAAAGAGCUUCCUGAUGUGACUACUUCUGUUUUUAAAGAAAUAGAAACAUGGAUUGGCCAGAGAGCAGCUGAGCAAUCUAAGCAAAAGCCACUCUGAAACCCUGUGUCUGGUGUUUGGAGUAUACUGGGAAGGGAAGUUCUUUUUCUUUUAACAGCCCCUCUUUGAGGGGAAAGGUCUUAUAGGGGCUCCUGAAUUAACUUAUUUUUUUACAAGAAAUUGCUGUGUAUCCCGGCGUGGGAUGGGAGGAGAAUCAUGCUCCUUUUAAAGCCCUUACUCUACAGAAGAAAGAGCUAGCAAAGACGUUAGUGUGGACUUCCCAGCUGGGAGUGCCAUUGUAUUAAAGGACUUUGUCCAGUCUUUUACCAAAUCUAGUUUUUGGUUUUCCCAAGGAGUUCCUGAGGUGCUGAGGUGAUUUUUUAUAUUGCAAUAAUUUUUGGAAUGUUUCAAAGUUUGGCAUCUUCCACAGCAUUCUAUUUUUACUCUUGCCAGAUUUUAAUUCUUCCCUCCUGUUCUUUGAAAUUUUUCAAGCCUUCUAAUGGGACCAAGUAUAUGACAGAGAGAAAUAGGAUUAGGAGGCUGAGGAAUUCAGAACAUGUCACAACGUUGUAAUAUGUAUUCCAGUUAAUCUGGCCAAAGGAUUUAUCCUCAUACAAACCCCAAAAGGCCUUGAAAGAAGAGUGAUAAUAGAAACAGCACAGUUUUGCACUUUGAAAGGAUGUGGUUUGUACUCAGACCAUUAACAUUUAGCCCCAGAGUUGAUACCAUGGAGAAAUGAGAGUAUGUAAAAUAAUGUAUGUAGAAGACUUAAAAGCAUUGAAGAUAUGCUGCUGCUUCCAGAAGCCAAAUCAUUGUUCAGUGCAAGAAAUGUAAAUACUCGGGCUGUUUUUUUGUUACCUGUGCUACAGAUAACUUAAAGUAUAAAACUGAAAGUUAUAUUUAAGAGAGAAAUAAUUAAAAAAAUAAUAUAUAAAGUUUCUGUAGGUUGCUCAAAGAUCUCUUAAGGAGGAAUGAAGGCGUACAAUAGGGAAUAUAUGCCAAGGCUGCCAUUCCUUUGCCUAAUAGCUUUUAUGCCCGAGAACUGCCUUGUUAUAUACAGAAGAUCAUUGCCACUUGAAGGCUGGGAAAUAAUUCCAUUGUUCUCAAAUUCCUGCUCCCACUCUGACUUAAAAGUUGGCCAGCCAUUAGUGACUCUUGGAAGGCAAGGAAACCAAAGAGAAGGAAGAAAGAGUGGGCCUAACAAAACUCUGCUGCAAGAAUCCAAAUAGAUACAGAUAAUUCUAACUCUACUGCCAUCUAGAGGCUAUUUGAACUUUUGCAGCAAGUUAGGUAGGUAGGCAGGCAGGUAGGCUGAAAAAAGGGCUAUUUCAGCAGCCACAGGCAAAAUUCCAAAUAGCACUUAAUCAGCAGAAAAGGUUACUGCUGAAAAUUGUUGUGGAAAGCCAAUUAUUAUAUAGGAUAUACAGUGAAAGAGUAAGAUAUGCAUGAAGGAAUUUAAUUAGGGCUUCUAGAUCUUGGCAACUUUUAAAAGGCUGCACAGAGAGAGAGAGUUUUCUGAAUCUCUUUGCUUCCAACUUUAGAGUUUGUAGCCUCAACAUAAAGGUUCGGUAUGCUUAUGAAUGGGAAAAAGCAGCUGUGUGCAAUCUCAAUUUCAUCUGGUGUUGAGGUUUCAGCCUUAAAUGUGACUAACUACUUAAUUAAUGAAGAACAACACUAGAAAAACAUGAGGGAUCUGCCCAUUGUAAUCAAAUAUUUGCUAUGCAGCAAGUAGCAUUUUAAUGAGUUCUUCUGAUGGAAGAAAUUCUAUAUUAUCUCUUGUAAAAUAAUCUUUUCUUAUAAUCCAUUUUUUUAAAAUUGUAAUUCCCUACACAUUUAUUGCAUGAGAGGAUUCAGUACAAUUUACAGGCUAUUUCUAAAUCUGAAUUUCCUGUGUGGAAAGCCUAAUGCUCUACAGAACUAGGCAGCUAUUUUUCCCCAAGAAGCAGUAAUCCUAUUUGUAACCAUCAAGCGUAUUCUCAUGAUUUUGUUGCCUGCAUGUGCUUUUUGUGUAGGAAAGAUGUAAUAUUUGAUCCUUCAAAUAUUCCAAUUGAUGUGGCCAGUGUGAAUUGGAAAGGAAAAUAUGGCCUAAUGGAUGCUAGGAUACAAAAAACAUGAGAUUUCCAUAGUUCUUAAUUACCAAAAUUAAGAUGGAUGGGAUGAAAAAUUGAAGGAGAGAGAAUAGUUUACUUUCCAAUAUAACAAAGCUUUAAUACCUAGUUAUUUGGAUGUGAUUGUUACUCAUCCUAAAAAUCAAGUAAGUGGCUGAUUCAUAAGUGCAGAUUCAUUCAUUAAUUUGAACAUCAGAGCUUGGCAGGUAGUAGAGAUGCUAAUAUCAAUAGUAAGUAACCCAAAGUCAGUGGGGGGAGGGAUCUGCUUUCUAACCGGUGCUUCAAUUUUUAAUAAGAUCUUUCUGAAGGAUUGCAAAAAAAUACUACACACAGUCCUGAAAAUAAGGUGUUUUUCUGGAACCAGCCCUCAUGCUAAAGACUAUACCACCAAUGGUGCAGUUUUGCAAUUCUUAGAAUGUUCUCUCUGGUUAAUCUAUCAAUUUGGAAGUGGGAGAAUCCCACAGUACCAUUAUUAGAGAUUUUUUUAACUGAGCCCAUGUAAAACAGAGUUGCACAGAUUAAAACAGUUUGACAUUCCAACUUGAAAAAUAAUUUUGUAUUUUCAUGGGCAACUCCAAAUCUAUUUUUAAGGAUAGUAGUUGGGAUGCAAAAAUGCAAAUGAAUAUUAGAUGGCAGCAAAAUAACAACAGUUAUUUGCUGUUGUGUAGCGAUCAUUCUGCAUUUCUGCAAUCCAGAUAUAUUUUUAAUAGGUUCCACUCCUUUCUCUAGUAAAAAUGCAAGUAUUAGAUGCUUAAUAGGCCUUGCAGCGAUUUGGAGUUGAUGGGUAAAAUUUGGAGCAUGUGAUGGUGUCAUGCGCUGAAUCACAUUUUGCCUUUCACAUAUGGAUCUCUACACAGCUGUAACUCCAAAUAUAUUAUAAGAAUCUGCAAGAGAAUCUCAGUAGGAAUAACAGUUGCCUGCUUUGUGCCUCUGUGUGCAAAUCAUUAAGGUGCCUAAAGUGACAAGCCUAAAUUAAUUCUUGGUAGUAUGGAUUUUAUGGAUCAUUCCAUAGCACAAAAGAAAGAUCCUGCCCACCAAAUAUGGGAAGCUACUGCAACUUGAGAGGAAGGUUCUUUUCCCAUUCCGUGAGCAGGACUGAGGAUGACCAAAAGUGUCUCUUCAGAGUGGGGGAGAGGAAGGGGAAGAUAGGCCUUAAAAAAGGGGGAGACUAGGUAUACUAUGGAUGUAACAAGAGUUGUAAAGAAAUGGAAGCAAGGAUUCAAGGCAAUCAUGAUAGAUAUUAUUCCAAAGAUGUACAAUGUAGUUUAAUUCUUAACCUGUUCAAGUGUAUUGGAUGUCAGCUAUAGUGAAAUACAUCUAGACCAGGACUAUAUGUUUGGGACAGCAAACAUUUAAAAACGGCAAACACACACACACACACACACAUAUAUAUACACAUAUGGCAAAAUACAACUUUACUGGUUCCUUCUUACAGUCAGAAGUUUGAAGAUCAGUGCCUUUGAAUAACUUUGUUGAGGGAGUAUCUGCUGCAACUCCUGAGUUCUGAAGCAAUAUACUAUAGAAAGAAGUAUUAGAAAUUAUAUUCAGCUUUCAGCAGAGUUGUGGAAACUACAGGGAUAGAUCUGGAAUAAGAGGCUGAAUCAUAAGGAAAGUGGGAGUUACCUUUCAGUUAAUUUAGAAGAGACAUAUUUGUUGGGGCAGUCAGAAUACUGUCCAUUGUCCCAGAGUCCCUAAUCCAAUAGGCUUCUUCAGCUUUUAUCUUCCAAGAAGCUUGGGAGAGAGCAAUUGAUUUUUGCCAAGCAAGAUCCAACCCCUGCUGUAUGUAAAAUCUUACAGUUUUCCUUUUUGUAAAAAACAAAACAAAAACCCUAAAUAAUUACAAUUCCUUAAUGUUUAAUAUAAAAGUGGCAUUUGUUUGAAAAUUAAGUUGAGAUUCUUAUGUAAAAUUGCAGCUUUUUCAGCUGAAGUUAAACUUACCAAGUAUAAGCUAGUUUAAAUAAGGAAUUGGAGAGUUUGCUAUGGAAAGGGGAUAAUAGACUUGUAACUUGGAAAGUGGCUGGCAGGGUGCCUCCCUAAAUGUUCUUUGCCAUCCUUCUUGGCAUAUAUUCAAGAGUAUCUCUCUCUCCUCCCCCCCUUCCUAUCCUUUCAAGGCAGUUCUGAACAGAACCAAUGUGGCUAUGUUAAAACUUACACGGGCAAAAAGAAAAAUAUACUUUAAAUCUGCUUUAAAGCAGCUGAAGUAAUCUGGUACUGUUCUGAUUUAGAGCUGCACAGUUUCUGUUCUACCAAAUGGUAAUAUUGCCCAUAAAAGUGCUUGAGAUAUUUUAUAUUUCUACAGUCCUGUAAAUCUACAGUCUAAAUGGACCUUCAUAAAUAGAGAGAUGAAUUGAAUUGAAUUGAAUUUGGAUAGGUAGGGUAUAAAUUCUAUAGGCUGAAUCUACUGUAAAAUCUACUUGCACUGUAAGCAAAAGAGUUCCUUAACAGAAGCAGCUAGAGAUCUGCAUGUUUGAAUGCAGAUAGAUUCUGACGACAGGGUUAGAACUGUAUCAGCUCCAAGUCAUGGCUGAUACACGAACAGUUUCCCCUUGAGAGCAUAAUUCCUCUGACAGCAAUAGUUGCGUGUAACUAAUGUAUAUCACUACUAUAUGCAACAAAUGUGGCAUGACAAUUUACCUAUUCAUAACAUGUCUGGAACCAUGUUUUAUAAUGAGCCUGCUCUUUUUAUAUUAGUCACUCUAUCACUUUGAUGACAUGACCUUAUCAAGAUACUUAUUUUUCCAAGUAAUUUCUGAUUACUGUAUCUUGUUUUGUUUCUGUGCUCCAGUUUACUCAUACUAUACACUCAUAUAUAUAUAUAUAUAUAUAUAUAUACAUACACAUUUGAAAUACUUGUACUUAAAGCAAGGGUAAUAUGUAUAACUUAGAUACUUUUGAGGAAAAAUAUAUGAACAUUAAUAAUAAAAGUAAGUUUUCUGAA